CUCUGGCCACUGCCACUGGUUAGUGUUGCAGAAGGCGAGGGGGAGGGAGGAGAUAUCCCGAGGAAGAGCGAAAAGCAUGGUCGCGGCUGCCGUCACCGCCGUCGCUUCCGUAUCCCACCACCGCCAUGUAUGCGUUUGCCACGUCGCUCGUCCCAACCUCCAACCUGUCCCUCGCCACAUGUCUCCCGUCGCCCUCGCGCGCCGCUCGAGAGUCCUAGUUUCUCGAGCCAAGUUCGAUAAGUUUGACGCCGUCGCCGAUGGUUCUCCGCCUACGCCGGAAAGUCCUACUUCGGAGAUCUCUGCAGUGGCGGAAGGGUUGGAGUUAGAUGAAGACAGUGACUUGCCUUCGGAUUUGGAGGGUGCGAUCAGGCAGUCAAGCCUAGCAAGUGCUUUGUUUGUAUCAUCAGGUGGAAUGCGAGCUAUUGUGGAACUUCUAAUUCCUCAAAUGCAAUUUCUUGACGAUGAAGGUGCUCAAGCUGAGUUAUGGGAGCUUUCAAAGAUCUUUUUGGAGUCAUUUAUGGAAGAAUUAGGAAAUCAGAAGGUAAAAGCCAUUUUUCCAGAUGCUGGAGCAGCUGCUCUUCUGAAAUAUCAGUGGAAGGAUGCUAAAUUUGGUUUCUCCAGCUUAGGUGACCGGAAGCCUGUUGACAAUGAGGAUGAAGUUGUUGUCAUGGUUGUUCCUGAUUAUCAGAUGUUGGAAAAUGUUGAAAGAAUUGCAUCUCUUCUAUCAACAGACCCACCAAGACCCCUUAUCAUGUGGAACCCCCGGCUUGUUAGCGAAGAUGUUGGAGUUGGAAUCAAUGUUCGGAAUCUACGUAGAUAUUUCUUAAGCACUUUCACUCCCGUUUACUCGAUGAGGCCAUUGCCUUCUGGAGCAGUCUUUAGGUGUUAUCCUGGGAUGUGGAAAGUGUUCUACGACGAUGUAAAUAGACCAGGAAGAUAUUUGCUGGCCAAAGAACAGCCCAGGCGUCCAGAUGCAACAGAUAUUGAGAUUAUAUUUGGAAAUCUGGAUGAGAAGUCAACAGAGCCUUCAUUCUUAGAUAAGGCCCUGAGCAUAUUCACAUCGUUUAAUAGGUUUGUGAAAGCCAUCUCGAGGUGAAUGUAUUUUUAUUUUUUAACUUUCAGAUCUUUUGCAUCUUUAUGCUGUCGUUUUAAUCAUCAAUGUUAUGAAUCUUAUAGAGCGAUAAGCAUAUCAAUCACUUGCUUGAAAGCCAUGCUUGAGUCA